ACUCACCUCGCUCUCCAUCCCCCGGAUCCUCCCCAUCGCCUCCCUCCCUUCCCCCGUCUCUACGAGCAGCAGAAGCACCACAAUCCUCCUGCUCCCCUCUCCAUCACCCCUCCCCCUUGCUUCGCCAACCUCCUCCGUCUUACCCCCCUCCUCCUCCUCCUCCUCCUCCAAUCUCUCAUCCCUCAUCUCCCACUCCCCUCCUUCCUCACAGCAGCCGCCGCAGCGCCUCAGUAUCUCCCACCGCCUCUCUCUAUCUCCAAUCUCCUCUUGAUCUCCCACCUCUUCCUCCCCUCUCUCAAUCUCCCUUUCUCCCUCCUUGCAUCUCCCCACCCUCUUCGUCACACACACCCCCUCCCCCUCCCUUCCUCCAUCCCUCCCGGCCAUCAGCAGCCGCUACGGCUCUGCCUCCUAUCUCCCUCCUCAUCCUUUCCUGCGUCUCCCACCUCCUCUCGAUCUCCCAUCUCCCCCCACCACCACCACCACCCCCCCCUUGCAUCUCCCACCCCACCCACACUCGGCCCCCUCCCCCGUCUCCCUCCCUCCUCCCCGCAGCAGCGGCUCCGCGCCCGAAACAAAGGCGACAUCGGCGACUCGCGGCGCGGCCGCGCCCCAUCAGGGAUGCCGCCGCCGCUGCUGCUGCCAUCACCACCAUCACAAACAUCCUCCACAUCCCCCGUCACCACCACCACCGCUAUCACCAGCAAGAGCAUCACCACCACCACCACCGCCAUCAUCAUCACCAUCACCCCAUCCUCCUCCAGCCCCCUCCCGCGCCAUUGAGAACCGCGGCUCGGCGCCAUGGAACCUGGAGGUGGUGCAGGAGGAGGAGGUGGUGGAGGAGGAGGUGCGGCGACCCAGGGCGAGAGGAGAAGAGGUCAACCCCGGGCGCCAUCCCCGGCGAGACCCCGCGAGGCGCCCGGCUCCAGGCAGCCGAACCAGAAGCCGUCCCUGCCCCCUAAGCCAUCGCUACGCCUGGCCGGCUCGGGAGAGAAUUCGUCCCGCCGAGCUGCACGGGCUUCCCCGGGACUGGUCAUUCUCUCCAAGCCUAGGACGGCGGCGGCGGUGGGAUCGCGAGGGGCUCCGGGGGUCGGGGUGCAGUCAGGCGUGGCCGCGAGGGGGUCCGGUGCACCCCCUCGCAUCCCCUCGCACACGGACAGCAGCAAUUCGGAUCUGUCCGACUGCGCGUCUGAGCCCCUGUCGGGCCCCGAGGAGGAGGACGACGAGGACGACGCGGGGGGCAACUCCAGCGAUGACGGCGGCGGCGGGAUGGGACCCCCGAGAGGGGGCGGCCACGUGCGGGGACCCCUGCCCGCCCUGCCCGUCGGGGGGCGCAAGGUCCCCGUGAGCACGGCGGGGUGCGUUGCCCGGGGGGCCGCGCGAGGAGAGAGCCCUCAGGGCCUCGUGUCCGUGGAGACGAUGGAGCGGCAGGACCUGAUGAGGGAGGCGGAGGAGCUGCGCUCAGAGAACGCCUACCUCAAGGACGAGAUGGAGGAGAUGAAGGCGGAGAUGGAGGAGAUGCGCGACUCGUACCUGGAGGAGGACGUGCAGGCCCUGCAGGAGCUGCGGCGCGAACUCGACCGCACCAACAAGAGCGUGCGCAUCCUGCAGUACCGCCUGCGCAAGGCCGAGCGCAAGGGCAUGAAGGCGGCGCAGGGCGGCCAGCUGGACGGCGAGCUGGUGCGGGCCAUGGAGCAGGACCUCAAGGUGGCCAAGGACGUGUCCGUGCGUCUGCACCGCGAGCUGGAGAGUGUGGAGGAGCGUCGCGCGCGCCUGGACGAGGAGAACGACGCGCUGCGCGAGCGCCUCGUCGAGUUGGACACGGCCAGGCAGGCGCUCGCUAACGAGGUGGAGCGCACUCGCGAGAAUUCCCUGCGAAGACGGAGCCGGGAGCCGCAAAAAGCAGACAAGAAGUCCCCAGCACAGGAGGACAGCGCCGACCUGCGGUGUCAGCUGCAGUUCGCCAAGGAGGAGGCGGUGCUGAUGCGGCGCAAGCUGGCGCGCGUGGGGAAGGAGCGCGACCGCUCCGAGGGGGAGCUGCAGCGCUACCGCGCGCUCUACGGUGAACUCGACGGCCAGCCGGCGCUCGGCGAGGCCGGCGGGCCGCCCAGCUCGCGCCAGGCCGAGCUCAAGCUGCGCCUCAAGCUGCUGGAGGAGGAGGCCAACAUCCUGGGCCGUAAGAUCGUGGAGCUGGAGAUCGAGAACCGGGGCCUCAAGGCCGAGCUGGAGGACGCGCGCGCCGGCGUCGGCUGCGGCGGCGGCGGCGGCCUCGCUGGUCCACCUGGCGAGCGGGACGGCGCCGCCGGGGCCUCCCAGGAUGAGACGGUCGCGACCGACGUGGUGCCGCCCACCCCGCGAACGGCGACCUCCGACCCCGACGAUCAGCAGCAGCAGGGCCGGGGGACGGCACCGGCGGCGGGCGAAGACCGGCGGCCGCACGGGGACCCGGCCGUGCGGGAGGAGCUGCGCGCCGCGCGGCAGCAGCUGGGCGAGCUGAGCGGUGCCGUGCUGCGCCUCCAGCAGGAGAACCGGCUGCUCACGACCAGCCUGCAGCGGCGCGAAGAGGAGGCGGCGGCGGCGGCGGCGGCGGCGGCCGCGGUGCCGGGCGGGCAAUCGCGGGACGCCACGAUCGCGGAGAUGGACGGCGACGAAGGCCGCCCCCCGCGCCGCGCUCGCGAAGGCCCCAUCGGAGGGGAAAGCGAUGCCGCCACGGCCGGAGGAGAGAAACCGCCGGCGUCGGUGGGCGGCGCCGGGCCCGGCAGCUGCGGCGGCGGCGGCGACGGCGCGGCCGCCGCGACGUCGACGGCGACGACGGCCGCCGCCGGCGGCGGCGGCGGAGGAGGAGGAGACGGGGAGGCGGCGGGCUCGGAGGUCACGUGCUGCCGCCUGUCCCCCGGCGCUGGGCUCGACGUGCUGGCGGCAUACGCGCGCGUGGCCGGGAUGCGGCGCGAGGCGGAGCGGCUGGCGCGCACGGUGGACCGCGUCAUCGGGGAGGCCGAGCGGCUGGCGACGCCGGGAGCCGUCGGGGUCGUGACCGGAGCGGGGCCUGGGCCGUGCCGCGAGGCACAGCUGCUGAGCGCCGUGAUGCGCGACUUCCGCAGGGAGCUGCGCACGUUCGCGACGGCGCUGGGAGGGGCGGCCGGAGGGGGGGGCGACGGCGCCGCCGCCUCCUCCUCCUCCUCCAUGUGGAGGGACGACGAGCAGACGCCGCCCUCCGCCAUCAACCAGCACCAGGAAAAGCAGCAGCAGCAGCAGGAGAACGGCGUUUGGGAUUCUUGGGACCAAAGUGAAACAGACUCGGACGCGACACGGAGAGACUCGGACUCGGCGAGGAGACACUCGGACACCACGUGGAGAGACACGGACACGACACGGAGACGCACGCACUCGGACAAUAGCGGGGAUGGGGUGGCGUGGGCAGAGAGGCGGCAGCGACGUCCGGAGGGACGGGGCCGCGACGGCGGCGGCGACGACAGCGGCGACGACGACAACGACAACGACGAGGGGGAGGAGGAGGGGGACCACUCCAGCCGGGAACUCGGGGCCCGAGAGCUGCUCCUGCAGCUCAAGCAGCUGCUGGGCCCACGCAGAGGCACCGUCGCCAACGGGCAGGGCCCCAGGGCCCAGCAGGUGGAGCUGAGCCGGGGGGACGGAGAGGGCGUCGAGGACCGAUCGGACGACUCCCCUGGCACGGAGGACAGCGGAGUUCACUCCCUGAGCGAGAGCUCACAGGCCGCGUGUCACGCGCUGGUCGAGUCACUGCUGGCAGAGCUGAGGAGUCGCGAGCGCCGCACCGCCACUGCUCACGAGCGCAGGACGUCCUGGGAGACGGAGCGCAGACGCCUCCUGUCCUGCCUCGCGCAGUGUGAGUGUGGCUGUGCGUCCCUGUGGCCCGAGGUUGGGGAUGUGGUACGGCGAGACCUGGAGGAGGCGGAGGAGCAGGGCAGCGGGCUGAGACGGGCCCGCUCCGUCUCCUCCAUGUCCGAGUUCCGCCGCCUCAUGGAGAGCUCCCCAUUCCUCCCCACGGGGGGCAUGGUGGAGACCCCCCACGACCCCCUCCACGGCGAGCCCCCCAGCCCUUCCCCUCCCCCGUCGCCGCCGCCCCCCCUCUCCCCGGACGACGUGCGCUUCGUGCGCGAGUUCUCGUCGCCCUGGGGGGAGGGGUGCCCCCCGCGGGGGUGGGGGGAGCCCCCCGAGGAGGCGGGGGCCCCGGGCGAGCCUCGCAGGCGCAGGGGGAGGGGGUGGAGAGCCUCGAACACGGAGAAGGAGGAGGACGACGAGGUGGUGGGGGGGGAGAGGCAGGCGGAGGAGGAGGAGGAAGGCGAGGAGAGGAGGGAGGUGUGGAGGGGACGUAGAAACGAGGCACCCGUGGGGCCAAGAGUGGACCCCGCCGGCGCCACCAACCUCUCGGACGACAUGAAGCGCCGCGUCGCGUCCCGCGCCACCGCUCGCCUCUCCUCCUCCGUCGCCACGCAGGUGGACGGCGACGCCGACGGCACCAACGGCACCAUCGUGAAUCCCGGUGGCGGCCCUCCUGCCCGCCACUCCGUGUCCACGCAAACCUCCGGCUCGGCCUGGGCACCCCGGCGCGGCCCGGCCACCACGACCCCCCGGGGCAGCGCCGGCUCGACCCCGGCGGCGUCUCCAUCGCGCGGAGCCCUGCACGCUCGCCCGCUCUCCACCGCCUCCUCCGCCUCGUUCUCCUCGUCCCGCGCCGAUCGCCCGUCGUCGGGGACUGCCAGCGCCGCCGCCCGCGGCCUGGCCGGCGCCUCCCCGCGCUCGCUGCGCCGCUCGCCGGGCGGCGGGGGAUCGUCCGGGAGGCUCGACGCGAGGCCGGGGACUGCAGGCGGCGGCGCGCCCGGCGUCGGCAGCCUCUCGCCGUGGGCCCGCUCCACCACGACACGCGACUCGCCCGUCACGCGCGUUGCCGGGGACGAUCGGCCCAGCAGCCUCUUCAGCAUCCUCGGUUUCUCCGUGGCUACGUCCCCGCCGCCGCCGCCGGUGCCGCCGGUGCCGCCGCCGCCGCCGGUGCCGCCGCCCCGAGCGGCCAUGCUCACGCUCGCCGUACCAACGGCAGCGAUGGCGGUGGCCGCCACCGCCAGGGAGCGGUCACCGAGCCCCAGGCCCGGCAUGGAUGGGGUGGUGCCGGUGCCGCCUGCCGCCGCCGCUGUCAAGGCCGCCACAGCUCGCGGUGGCGGUGAGCACCGCGCGGGCGCCAGGCUGAGUGUCGGGCCCCAGAGCACGGAGCUUCGCAGGAGCUGCGAUUCGCUGGACGCGGAGUGCGGAGCGGAGGGGAACGGAGACGCUGCGAGGAAGGGAGCAGAGAGCGGGGAACAGGAGCGGGCAGCUGGAGGAAAUGAGGAUCACAGCGAGGGCUGCUGUUCGUCCCUGAACCCCGCGGUCCCCUGUAACACGGCCCCAGUGGCGACAACGUAGGGGACCUGAUGGGACCCUGACGAGAGGAACCCCAUCGGACUACGUGGGUCCCCAUAGCCACCCCUGAACGUGUAUCAAGCGGGAUGGGUGGUGGGGGGGGUGUCUGGCCCUGCUUGGGCACCCUGAGUCAGUGAGUGUGUAAAGCGACCCCUGGGUCCCCCCGAUGGAGUCUCGGAGAAGGGGGUGUGUGAUGUGAGAUAUCGGUGCAACUACGCACACACACACACCUCACAGGUACACACGUACGCAGGUACUAUAUACAAAUGUACAUACACAAACACGUAAACAAUAUAUACACACGUGCGCGCUACAUAAAGUGUACACACACACACACACUAGACUCGGCACUUGUCCCAUAUUGGGCAAGCGCUCUUAGCGGUUGGUGUGGCCAGAACCACGCCUCGCCACCUUUGUCUCUCCAGUGCUGAGGUUUACAACACUGCAUUGGGUACUCGUUUAAGGUUGAGCGGACCUAGAAGGGAGGAGCCCAGGACCGGUACAUAUAUUGCUCGCCGCUGGGGUUAGCAGUGGCUGGGAAUGGAGCUCAGGGUGCUGGGUUUGUAGCGCAGUGUGCUAACCACUUUACCACUGCUCCACACACACACAUACACACGGGUGCUAUUGGUACAGUUAUAUACACAAUUAUUCACACACGCAUAUAUAUAUACACACACACUCAAUGAACGCCAACGCAAUGUUUAUACAAACAAGUAUUAUACACAACUGAUACUAUACACUUAAUGUGACUUUACCGAAAGAACCAUAAACUAUGAUACUAUAUACACACACACACGUGGUGUAAAACGUACACACUAUUCGCACACGUGUAAACACAGCGACUGUAUACACAAGUGCACACACACGUGGUGCAUAUACGAACUACAUAUACACACACACACAUUGUAUACAUGCGCUCUGCAUGUGGCAAUGCAAAAAUUCGUCAAGUGAAAUACAUUCUUACACUCAUGAUAGAUACAAGCAUCGAAUCGCUGGCAGCAGAACCCAAUGUUUUACGGAUGAAUACGUGCAAUCGCGAUGCCGCUGUGAACACGUGAUAGGCUGACUUUACGGGGCGAACAAAGCGAUACGAAUGAGAUGGGGAAAAAAACGAUAACUUUUUUUAUUAUCUCACUCGACUACUGGAAUGAGACAACAGAUCUCGAUUGUUGAGUUGAAUCCAGACCUCCCCCCCCCCCAACCCGGGGGUCGUGACGAUCCAUGAGU